GCCCUGAAGAAAACUGGUCUUAAUGCGUCAGACCCUCGGCUGAAGGACUGCAUGGACAAGCUGCAACGCUCCGUUACUGAAUCCUUUCAUGACGUCAUGAUGGACCGGGAACUCUUCCACAAGUGUGUUGGUGGGAACAUAGUGCUUCUGAUUCAGGCCUUCAGAAAGAAGUUCAUCAUCCCUGAGUUUGAUGCCUUUGUAACAAAGAUAGAUCAAAUCUACGACACCGUCCAGAAAAACCAUGACGGACAUGUAGCAGUCUACAUUCCACACCUGGCCAAGUUCAGUCCUGAUCUCUGGGGGGUGUCUCUGUGUACUGUAGAUGGACAGAG